UCCCAAGUGUCAUAACAGUUGCAACGUUGAAAUUUGGCUCGUAACUGCUGCUUAUAACGAUGGGGUCGGAAAUGUAUUACACGAGAAAUGUUUAUUUAAGAUGUAUGGCAGCUAUAUAUCUUUCUGCGUUCAGCUCAUUCUAUGUGCAAAUACGAGGUUGUUCAAAUGGUUAUACGGGCCCAAUGGUAUCCUUCCAUCACAUGCCAAUUUAGGUAUUCAGGACGAAAGGCAUGUCUUUGAUAAAUUUUGGGAGAAUCCAACACUGCUACAUCUAGCUCCAAUGUUUGGUUUAACUGUUUCCUAUUGCAUGGAACUGUUUGCUCUGACUGGAAUCCUAUUAUCAUUUCUUGGGCUAGUUUAUCAAAAGAUCUGCAAUCUGUUCGUAUUUUUUACACUAUGGCUCUUAUACCUCUCACUGUACAAAGUGGGCCAAACAUUUCUCCAUUUCCAGUGGGAUAUCAUGUUACUAGAAAGUGGAUUCAUAACUAUUGUUGUGGCUCCAAUCAUUUACUCAAAGAAAAGAAGAACCACACCAAGAGACCGGUUGUGCUUUUGGCUUGUGAAAUGGUUACUUUUUCGUCUCAUGUUUGCGUCUGGAGUUGUAAAACUUACCAGUAAAUGUCCAACAUGGUGGAACUUGUCAGCCUUGACAGUUCAUUAUGAAUCUCAAUGCAUUCCAAAUCCAUUAUCAUGGUAUUUUCACCAGUCUCCAGUUUGGUUCCAUAAACUCUCAGUGGUGGCAACGUACGUGAUUGAAAUUGCGCUGCCUUUUUUGUUUUUUGCACCGUUUCGGAAAUUGCGACUUUUUUCGUGCUAUGGACAGAUACUGCUUCAGGUCAUGAUAAUCGCCAGUGGAAAUUAUAAUUUCUUCAAUCUUGUUACCAUAACGUUAUGUUUUUCGCUGAUGGACGAUCGUCAUCUUUUUGGAGUACAAAACAACAAGAAGGCGCAAGCAAUGGAAAAUAUAGUCACCGGAAUUACUCUUGGAUUACUGAUUUAUUUUACGGUUCUUUGGUUUGGGAUUGACUUAGGAAAGGAAGUCCCAAUCCAUUCUGAGAUACGAUUUUCUGCAAAAGAGUUUGAAGCGGCCCUUAAAUUAGCAGUACCAGCAUCAAUUGCCAUUGGUGCUACAUCUUUCUUCUUUGUUGCUUGCACGUCGCUAUAUGAUCUGGUUUUCAGAUCACGAUCAUCCUUGUUUGAAUAUAUUCUGAAUGUUAUUCAGUAUGUCGCGUGUUUCACCGUGGCAGUUUUCCUGUUUGGGAUCAGCUUGGUUCCGUAUUCGACGCUUAAUCCUGCGACGCGUACAUCACUGCCCGCUUUCCUUAAUCGUUGGCAUGGACAGUUUGAUCAGUUUCAUUUAACUAGUUCCUACGGUCUCUUUCGAUCCAUGACUGGUGUAGGUGGUCGACCAGAGGUAAUAUUAGAAGGAGCAACUGAACUGCAGGGGCCAUAUAACGAAAUUUCAUUUAAAUAUAAACCUGGGCAAAUUGAAAGACCAUGCUCGUUCAUCGUACCUCAUCAACCUCGACUAGAUUGGCAAAUGUGGUUUGCUGCAUUGGGAACCUACCAUCACAAUCCCUGGUUGGUAUCAUUGGCAUACCGAAUUUUGACCAACGAAUCGGAUGUCAUUAAUCUACUCGAUUCCAAUAUAUACAACGAGUUUGAAGAGGAUUGGCCUCCAAAGUAUAUCAAAGGGAGCUUAUACACCUAUAGAUACACCUCUUCCUCAGACCACAGUGACACAGGCAAUUGGUGGAAACGAACCAGGGUUUCUGACUAUCUUCCUAUUUUCUCAUCUGAUCAUGAACCAUUGAUUAAAUACCUGGAAAACCAAAGAAUACUUGGCCAACCUGAUAUUACAUUGACAAAUACUUUAUUGGCAUCAUUCCUCGACAAAGUUUGGGUUAUUUGUAAUGCUACAGAACCUCAUAUCUUCAUUUGGGCAUUGUUGGUUUCAUCUUUUGUCGUUACUCGCUUAUCAUAAAAACAGAUAGUCCGCUA